AUGCAGAUACGGCGGUAUGCCGAUUUGCCCAACCAAACAUCAAACCCUCCACCGCCUCCUCCUCCAAGAGCUCAAACUCAGGAAACACCUUCUACAUCCCAAUCCAAAUCCAAUCCGCCAGAAGAAGACCCAUCCGAUCUCCCCUCCGCAGAAGACGGCCGGCGAAGCGCGCUCACAAAACGCUUCUCCCACGUUAUGGACCACCUGCAAGGCAACCUCUUCAUAGCCUCCCAACGCAUCAAUGACCUAACGGGCUACUCGGGCAUCGAAGCCCUAAAAUCCAAGAUCACCGCCCUCGAAAAGCAAUUACAAGAGGCGCAGGAAUCCGUCCGGUCUUCGCGCAUUGUGUACAAGACCACCAUAGCAGACAGGGCAUCAACGCAGCGUGAAGUAACCGGAUUGCUGGCGCGGAAGGAUACAUGGACGCCUGUGGACCUGGAGCGCUUCACGGCGCUGUAUCGCAUGGAUCAUAGCAAUGAACAGGCGGUGCAGGAGGCUGCUACGAGGUUGGCGGAUGCGGAGAGGGAGGCGGAACAUGCGGCGAGUAAGCUCAGUAGUAGUAUUCUUAGUCGGUACCAUGAGGAGCAGAUUUGGAGUGAUAAAAUUAGGAGGAUGAGUACUUGGGGCACUUGGGGGCUUAUGGGGGUUAAUGUGCUGUUGUUCUUGGUGUUCCAGUUUGGGUUUGAGCCCUGGAGACGGAGGAGGUUGGUCCAUGGGUUCGAGGAGAAGGUUAGGCAGGCUUUGGACCAGGAGAAAUUGGCCAAUGCCGAGAGGCGCGAUGCUGAAAGGCAAGCGGAGGUACCAUUAGAUGGGAUCGUUGCCUCGGGUGUACAAAGGUUGGAGGAGGAGCUGGGAAAUACAGAUAUAGCCCGGAAUGAACUUGGGCAGCCGGGCAUAGAUGUGUCGGACGAAGCAGCUGCUCUCGACGUGGCAGAAUUGCAUGUGCCCAGGUCUGCGAUGAGAUUUACGAAACCAGAGACCUGGAAGGCCACGGCGCAAGAUCUCGUCAGUGAACGAAUUGUGCAGAUGCGGAAACGAGAUAUCACGAUUAUUGCACUAGAAGGCGCUGCUACGGGAGCGACUAUUGUUGCUAUUAUUGCCACUCUACUUCGCCCAUCGUAG